AUGAUUUGUUUAGGAAUUUCCAAUCAGAAAAUAAUAAAUAUGCCGUUCGGAAUCAAACCAGUAUGUUCGUCCUGCAAGUCAACUUCGUCCACAAUGUGGAGAAAAAGCAACCAAGGCGAAAUUCUUUGCAAUUCUUGUGGAGUGAAGUUGCAGCAAGCAGGCGCCAAAGAAAAAGCCGAUGGAUCUGGGACUGGAGGAAACUCAUCCAAAAACGGAGGAUCGACAAAUUCCUCAAAUUCUGCUGGACCAGUUCUUCGCAAAAGUUCGAGAAUAAGACCGAAUAAGAAUCGAAUCCAGACGACGUCUAAGAGUAUUGGAACUAAAGGCAAAAGUAGAAGAAAUAUUUUCAAGAAAACGCAGCCACUCAAAGCCCCAACAGCUGUGUCAACUGUCGUCACUGGUGAAAGUGUUUAUUACAAUGGUAUUUAUUAUCAAGUUGGAGAUAUUGUAUCACUGCUUGACAAUGAUGGUAUUUCUAUUUACUAUGCUCAAAUCCGUGGACUUUUACAAGACCAAUACAACGAGAAAAGUGCAGUUAUUUCUUGGCUUCUUCCCACACAAGGAAGUUCACAAAACAAAUUUGAUCCAAGUACCUAUAUUCUUGGACCCGAAGAAGAUCUUCCAAGAAAAUUGGAAUACAUGGAAUUUGUGUGUCAUGCACCUUCGGAUUAUUACAAGUGCUCUCGAGAACCUUAUCCUUGUCUGUCCAAAGGCCCUGAACUGAGUUAUAUUUGGAGUUCCCUCCGACCUUGCAUCAGAAUAGUUCCCUCAAAAGAUGAAAUAUUUGGUACAAAAACUUCACAAAAAAAGACAGAAAAAUUGAAAGUAGACAAAAAAGAUAAACAUAUGGACAAAGAUAAAAGCCACGAUUAA